AUGGCAAAUGGCAAUGGAUCCGGCGGCUCCGUUUUCUGGAAGGACGACGAAAUAGUCGUCGAUCGUGAAGGCAUUCCGCACUAUACCGGCAAUAGGCCUGAGCUCAUGCGAGAAUACAGGAAGAGAGUCCUCUUUGCCUACAGCUCCUUAGAGGGCGAUGGAGACACAGAAGAGAAAGAGAAGAGGGACUUGAAAAAGAAGCAAAAGGCCUUCGCCAAGAAAUUGCUGAACGGUCUUCAUGGAGAAGCUUGGCGUGCUUGUCAGGACCUCAUCACAGAUAUGGCCAGGCUAUCGGAGGAGCGUGGUUUUCAGCAUGUUUUGUCAGCCCUGCAGUCGAUUGAGAAAGUGACCGUGAUCAAGAAGACCGAGCAGUUCGACCGCUUCUUUGAGCGGGGAUUCAGGAAGAGAGGACAGGCCUUAGAUGCAUACCUUCGUUCACGGAAGUUGGACUGGGCUGAGUUGCAGGAGCUUGAUAGUGAGACCAAGAUGUCCUCAGAUUUGCUGGCUUAUUUUGUUUUGAAGCAGAGUGGAUUGAGCAAAGAUGACAGGUAUGUCUUCUAUUUCGAUGCCUCGGACACCGUACCUGGACCAGCGUGUUGGAGGGGUGUUGCAAGAGUCAUUGGAAAAGAGGGCACACACACUGUUUGGAUAGCGCAUCGCGGCAUUAUUCUUGCAGUUUCCCCAGAGCAUUUAGCCUUUGCAGACGACCAUGAAGUGCAGAACUGGAGUGUUGUUGGUUCAGAGGUUGAGCUUCUUGAUACACAACCAGCCGCGGGCGGCAACACCUUUGUUGAUCUACGGCAGCAACCCAAGCCAUCUCGAGAAGGCUAUGAACCAGAAGCCGGAGAGUUGGAAGAUUUGCCUAGACCACUUUUGGACCAGCCGAUGCCACAGGCUGAUGAGGAGCUCUAUGAACCGACUGACCCAGGGGAUCAUUUGGAGGCACCGCCCGUUGCGGAAGAACCAUUGGCACCAUCGUUAAUGCCACCAGCAGAGUCCGAAGACUUAUCUUCUGAUUCCCUGUCAAUGGCCCGAAUGAAAUAUGAAUCCGAAAGAGAUGCCAAGAAAGCCAUAAAGUCUUCAGAGUUCUUUGCAAAGAAGCGUGAAGAAAGACUUCAGCGCCAAGAAGAACGGAGACAGCGAUUUCAACAGUCAGAGGCGGCUCGACAGUUUGAAGCAGCUAGCAUUCCCAUUCCAAGAGCUGAGUAUGAUCCAGACGUAGACGACUACCAUCAGUCGGUUCCGUCGCCGAAGCGCUUGCCGGCGAUUUCGGAGGAUCCAGAUGCAGAUGCUCGUGAGAGGGAGAGCAAACGACUUCGCAGUGCAGAAGAGAUCACCUCAGCCGACGCACAAGCCAGUGGGUUGUUUGCGUGCGACCUUGUUUAUGAAAACGGUGUUGUGCAGAGAGCCAAAGGCGACGCUUGCGUGGGCGACCUUGUGCGCUUGAAGCAGUACUUGGCCCAAGCCAAGAGGGGAGCUGACUUCCGACUCCGUUACUGGUCGGAUGUGAACCUUAGGGAUGGAGUUUUGAUCUUGCUUGCAGAUUCCGGUCAUGCCAACGGCACUCCGGAGAAGGAUGAAAUUAUGCGUUACCGAUCGGUCGGUGGCUAUUUUAUCUUGAUAGCAAACAAAGAGAUCUUGGAAGACAAAGCAGCUCGUGCAAAUGUUUUGACCUUUUACAGCGGUCAGACCAAGCGUGUUUGUAGUUCGACCCUAGCAGCAGAGGCGUCGCAUCUUGCAGAAGCCGUUGAGUGCGGUGAUUGGUGUGCGUGUUUGUUGGAGGAAGCAUUGACAGGUGAUUUGAACUUGAAGGACUGGCCUAGCAUUAUCCAGCGUAGGGUUCGUGUAUAUGUCACCGACGCUAGAUCUGUUUAUGAUUACUUGCAGAAAGAUGCUACAAGCACUUCAACAGACAAGCGCAUGGCCAUUGAGGAGACGGUUAGGCAACCGAAUGCCUUAGUUCGUUGGAUCGAUGGUAUGCAGAACAUUGCCAAUGUUUUGACAAAAGCCAACGCUGAGAAGGAGACCUUGAAAGAGUUUCUUCGAAGUGGCCAAAUGUCAUUGGUACAAACCGAGGAGAAUAAGAUCCUCAAAGAGACCAAGAGAAGACAGAGGCAAAACAGAAAUGUUCAGAGACAUGCUGAGAAAGCAGCCAAACCUGCAGACCACCAGCGCAGAAGUCAGUUGGCCGCAGAGAUCCAAGCAGAUGACGACGACCAUUCCAGCUCAGGUCAAACAAAAGAAUAA